AAAGCCCUCGAGGAAACGAUGAGCGUUGGUUUAUCGGUGGGGACAGGAAAACCACGCUGUCUCGCCGGGUUUGUUCCAGGCAGCUGACCCAAUAAGAAGCCUUCGUCUCCUGUGGUUCUGACUGUCUGACAGAUCAAACCUCCUCGUGCUGCCGUGUAUUCACCCCCACCCCUUCCUCCUCCUCCCUUGAGUCAAGGACAUAAUGUGACACAUCUCAAUUCCUGAUUCCUGACUGACUGACUUAAACUGCAGCCACCAUGCAGGAGUGCCACACUGGCUUGUGUCUGUCCGUCUACAUUAUUACCUUUGUGCUGGGCUUCCCGGCCAACAUCCUCGCCUUCUACACUUUCUGCAAGAAAGUGAGACAGAAAGCCUCACCGAUUGACAUCCUGCUCCUCAACCUGACCAUCUCUGACCUCCUCUUCCUCCUCUUCCUGCCCUUCAAGAUGCAGGAAGUGAUGAACAACAUGUUGUGGGACAUGCCCUACCCCCUCUGCCCGCUGUCCGGCUUCAUCUUCUACAUGACCAUCUACAACAGCACCUUCUUCCUCACUGCGGUCAGCGUGGAGCGCUACCUGGGUGUGGCGUUCCCCAUCCAGCACACCCUGAGGCGGCGACCCAUGUACGCUGUUGCUGCCAGCAUCUUCUUCUGGAUUUUCUCCUUUCUCCACCUGAGCAUUGUGUUCAUCGUGCCCUUAAUCGGCGUUGAAAACCCUCCAGAUAACCCCUCAGGUGUCAAUGCCACACGCAGCUCUGCCACCGGUGACAACAAUAAGGAGGUGUGUUAUGAGAACUUCACAGAGGCUCAGCUGAAUGUCCUCCUGCCUGUACGUCUGGAGCUCUGUGUGGUGCUUUUCUGCAUCCCUUUCCUGAUUUGCAGUUUCUGCUACAUUAAUUUCAUCAGGAUUCUGUCCAAGCUGCAGCACAUUGACCGGCGCCGGCGCCUUCGGGCCAUUGGCAUGGCUUUAGGAACACUGCUGGUGUUCGCUUUAUGUUUUGGCCCCUACAACGUCUCGCACAUUGUGGGUUUUAUUACAUGGAAAAGUCCCGACUGGAGAGACAAGGCCCUGCUGUGCAGCACCUUUAACGCUUGUCUAGACCCUCUUAUUUUCUACUUCUCCUCCUCCGCUGUAAGAGGAAAUGUGGGAAGUGUGAUGGAAGGGGUUAAAAGUCGCCUAAACAGGUGCAUGUCCUGUCACGCGCGCUGCAGCUCGUGGGGGGGAAUUAACAAGACUGCACAAGAUAAGGAACACAAACAAGAGGAGAUCAAUGCUAUCUGAGCUGACUGAAAGGGAGCUGUGGGCAGCUGCCUUAACUAAUUUGUUAUUUCUUCAUCCCUGGAAGCAGGAAAUUAAUGCCAUGUUUAUGUUUUUAUGUGUGAGAAAAUGACUUGGCAUACUGUACACAGAGCAUGUGUCUGUUUGACUCUUUGAUGAACUUCCUAUUUUGAAAUGAGACAAGAGAGGACACCAUUUCUCUAUCCGAGCAGGACACAGCAAUUCUUUUUUUUUAUGCAGUGUAAUGGGUAAAGCCACAGAGACAGGCCACUUUGAACCGUCACAUUCAAAUGAAAAAUAUUUCUUACACAAGAACAGGAUUUCACAAGGUCUCCAUUAAUGCUGUCAGGUUUUGUGGAGCGCUGCAGUGGAGACGCCCGAUUAAAUGAACAUCUAAGCAAUGGCUGUGGACGUCGUCUCUAAGCAAUAAGAGAUAAAGGUUUCCCAAAAGAUCUAACCACAAGCAAAAAUGAGAUUUGAAAGAAGAUUCUUGCAUGUUGAAAAUGACUAAGCAUUGUAACUGCUAAAAGAACAUGUAUUCAGCUAAUAUAUAGUUUGCUUUUUAUGUGAACAGACAAUAUAUUUGUGUAUUUUGCAUUUUGACUUACAUGAUUGUGGACACUCUGGUGCAGAUUCUAGUUUACACAGCAUUACAUUUGUCCUGUACUUUCAUUAGAAGCAUUUUGUUGUAUAUGUCAAAUGACAUAGAUGGUGACAGUUAAACCAUAUGUGGUACUAAAGUAGCAAUACAUGUGUGAAUAAUAUGCAUGUAAUAUUUCUGAACGCUGUAGGACAGUGAUUGUAAUUGUAUAAGACAAAAUAUAGAAGGACUAUUUUCAUACACAAAUCAUAUAAAUA